AGCAACGCUCGCGGUGUUCUGUUGAAAUUCCAUUGCCGAACAUUAGCUAGCUAAAAUAACUGGAACUAAGGAUAUAGCUUCCGAAGUGUGGCCAACGACCAAUACCACCCAAAUGUGGAUUUAAUUUGGGAAAAAUAUGUCAAAAUUCUGUAAUGGGAUUACUCAAGGAUUGCUUUGAUGUGUACUGCAUUUACCUCCGAUUUAGCUGUGGCUACCUCUCAAGCUAGCCGAAUCGGAACAAUCGGCGGAUAACUGGCUAACUAACGUUAAACGUAACUAACUUAGCUAGCUAAUUCUUUAACGUCAGGACUAGGACGGAACACGUUUCAUCGUUAAAGAUACACAAAACGAAUGUUGUUACUGUCAUGAGUCCAGCCGGGUGCCCCCAUGUGAACGGGUUCAAAGUGGAUAACUGGAAACAGAAUCUACGGGUCAUUUACCAAUGCUUUGUGUGGAGUGGGUCUGCCGAAACCAGGAAACGCAAGGCCAAGUCGUGUGUCUGUCACAUGUGUGGUGCCCACCUGAACCGGCUCCACUCCUGCCUCUACUGCGUCUUCUUCGGCUGCUUCACCAAGAAACACAUCCACGAGCACGCCAAAAACAAACGACACAAUCUAGCUAUAGAUCUAUUGUAUGGAGGUAUAUAUUGCUUUGUGUGCCAAGACUACAUAUACGACAAAGAAAUGGAACAGAUUGCCAAAGAGGAACAAAGGAAAGCGUGGAAAUUGCAAGGUGUAGGGGAGAAGUAUUCGACGUGGGAGCCCACCAAACGAGAGCUGGAGCUGCUGCGGCACAAUCCAAAGCGUCGGAAAAUGACGACAAACUGCACCAUCGGUCUUCGAGGUCUGAUCAACCUGGGCAACACGUGUUUUAUGAACUGCAUCGUCCAGGCCCUCACCCAUACGCCCCUGCUGCGGGACUUCUUUCUGUCCGACAGACACAAGUGUGAGAUGCAGUCCAACUCCUGUCUGGUGUGUGAGAUGUCCCAGCUCUUUCAGGAGUUCUACUCGGGCCACCGUUCGCCCCACAUUCCCUUCCGACUGCUGCACCUGGUGUGGACGCACGCGCGCCACCUAGCAGGCUACGAGCAGCAGGAUGCCCACGAGUUCCUCAUCGCUGCCCUGGACGUGUUGCACCGCCACUGCAAAGGAGAUGAUAACGGGAAGAAGGCCAACAACCCCAAUAACUGCAACUGCAUCAUCGACCAAAUCUUCACUGGGGGUCUGCAGUCUGACGUCACCUGUCAAGUCUGCCAUGGUGUUUCCACGACGAUAGACCCGUUCUGGGACAUCAGUCUGGACCUGCCGGGGUCGUCCACGCCCUUCUGGCCCCUCAGCCCCGGGGGAGACGGCAGCACACUCAACGGAGAGAGCCACCUCUCAGGGGCCACCACACUCACAGACUGUCUACGCAGGUUUACCCGACCAGAGCACUUAGGGAGCGGCGCCAAGAUUAAGUGUAGCGGUUGCCAUAGUUACCAGGAGUCCACCAAACAGCUGACUAUGAAGAAGCUCCCCAUUGUGGCGUGUUUCCACCUCAAAAGGUUUGAACACUCUGCGAAGCUGCGGAGGAAGAUCAUUACGUACGUCUCGUUCCCCUUAGAGCUGGACAUGACUCCCUUCAUGGCCUCCAGCAAAGAGAACAGGAUGAACGGACAGUACCAGCAGUCAGUAGACGUUUUCAACGACAAUAAGUAUUCUCUGUUUGCGGUGGUCAACCACCAGGGUACUCUGGAGAGCGGUCACUACACCACGUUCAUCCGGCAGCACAUGGACCAGUGGUUCAAGUGUGACGAUGCCAUCAUCACCAAGGCCAGCAACAAGGACGUGUUGGACAGUGAAGGGUACCUUUUGUUCUACCAUAAACAGUUUCUGGAGUAUGAAUAGCCAAGCUUCCUUCAGCACUGAUGUCAACAGCCACCAAGAGUUGCGCAACAACAAAAUGGCAACAUAACACAAGCCUGCCUGAAACUCUACAUCGGUGAAGAUUUGAAGCUGUGGGAAUGGAGGAACCCCGCAUCCUUUCUAACUAAAAGGACACUCCACAACCAAUCUGCAUGGAAGCUACUACGUAGGAUCUACUUGAUAGGGCAGAAAGGAGGAAGAGGAGGGGGAAGAUUGCAGAACGGCGAGAGAAACGAGGAGCCUUUGUUGGAAGAUGAGGCGCUUCACUCUCUCGCUCUCCUCUCCUGUCGUUUCGGGCAGAUGAAGGAACAGUCCGACAGUGGCCACAUCUCAUAAAAACAGUCAACUACACGUUGUAUUAUUAUCUGAAAUCCAUAAUUCCACUCUCCCCCCACACACACACACACACACACACACACACACUCAUCUCUCAAGUGACCAAACAUUUCUGAGGGAAGACAUUUGGUUGUCUAAGUUCAUUAUAUGCAUUGUUAUUGCUCUGAAUGCAAAAACAAGCUGACAGAUUAUAUUAAGAACAUUGCAAACACAAGAAGAGAUGAUUAUAAUCGUUGUUUGAACUUUUUGGUUUUGAAAAUACUGUAUGAUGAAUCUAGCGCACAUUUUUUUUUUUACUGAAAAAAAGAUGGGAGGUAGAGAAAGGGAGGUUGUUGUUCUGUGAAAAGUCCCCCCUUCUUUCUUUUCUUUUUUCUUUGAGGGCAGGGAAAAUGUAGAAGUAUAUUUUUAUAAGUCAUUUGAAUCCUUGUUCACGGUUUCCAAUGUCCCCCCCCCCCUCGAAACCCAUGUCCUUGUUAUGUUGUGCAGUCAAUAAUGUAUUUUUUUUUUUUAAUGUAUGCUUCUUCUCAUGAGACUGCUGUUGUGGAGACUUUUUCACAUUUGUUGGUUGGUUUGUUUGUUUCUUGUGACGGGAUAAUUAUUUUGUUGCUGACUUGGUUGUGAAGAUGUUUCAGGUGAUGCGUUGUUGUGAAUAAGAAAAAGACGAGCACUAUUCUGACACGGUGUGUAUCCUGCCGUGGCGCGAUCCGACAGUGUUAAACUUUGGCCACAUGUUGCUCUUAAUUGUGUGUGUGUGUGUGUGUGGGUGUACGCACAUGUGUUGUGCGCAUGUUUGUGUACUGAAUCAGUACUUUUUUUUCACAUGUUAAUUAUGUAUGUUAAAGUAUGUAUGUAUGUUAAAAAAGAAAACCAAGGUAUAAACUGAGUUCCUUUAUCCAUGUUGCAGGAAAAGGUCAAGGGUUAUUAUGCUAGUCAAAAAUACAUCCCCCACACUUUAUCUGCUGCAAGAACUGGACACUGAUGGUGAGACACACAAUAAAAAAUCUAUAUCUAUA